AUGGGUAAACUUAUUCGGCUCGAACUUUUCAACUUCAAGUCCUACAAGGGUCAUCAUACCCUGCUGUUUGGAGAUGCGUACUUCACGUCCAUCAUCGGACCCAACGGUUCUGGAAAGUCAAAUUCCAUGGACGCCAUCUCCUUUGUUCUAGGAAUCAAGUCGUCUCAUCUGCGCUCUACCAAUCUGCGCGAUCUGGUCUACCGUGGCCGCGUCCUACGCACGUCGAAAGUCGAUGGCGAACCCACUACAAACGGAGAUGACGGCGAGCCUGAGGAGGAUCCGGAUGCGAUGGACGAGUCGCAGGAUACAGGCAGCGCAAAUGACCCCAAGACUGCCUGGGUAAUGGCCGUCUACGAGGAUGAUGCUGGUGAGGAGCAGCAAUGGCGCCGAUCGAUCACCAGCCAAGGUGUCAGCGAAUACCGCAUCAACAACCGAAUCGUGACUGCUCAACAAUACAACGAAGCGCUGGAAGAAGAAAACAUCCUUAUCCGGGCGCGCAACUUCCUUGUGUUCCAGGGCGAUGUUGAGGCCAUCGCGUCGCAGUCUCCCAGGGACCUCACUCGUCUGAUCGAGCAGAUCUCUGGCAGUCUAGAGUACAAGGCUGAGUACGAGAAGUUGAAAGCGGAGGCGGAAGAAGCUGCGGAACAGCAGACUGUCCAGCUCAACCGUCGUCGAGGUAUAAACUCCGAGGUUAAGCAGUAUCAGGAGCAGAAGAGGGAGGCAGAAAACUACGCCAAGAAGGCCGAAGAGCGUGACCAGGCCAUCAUAACUCACAUCCUCUGGAAGCUGUUCCAUUUCCAACGUCUCAUCGAUGAAUCCAGUGCCGACAUCCAGAAAUAUCAGGAUGAGCUCAAGGAAUACCGCCGUGGCGUCGAAAAGUACGAACACAACGUCGAGGAAGCCAAGAAAGACCAUGCUCGCGUUGGCAGGGACGUCGGAAAGGCCGAGAAGAACAUUGUCAAGAAAGAGAAGGAUAUCGAAGACCUCAACAACUCCCUGGUACCGAUUGACGAGAAGAUCGACAUUACACAGAAGAAGGUGGAGCGUUACUCCUCGAAAAUCUCGGAGAUCGGCAAAGAGCGGACGGCACAGUCGAAUAAUGGCAAGCAGCUCGAGAAAGACCUCAAGCUCGUUGAAAAGGCCCAGGCUCAAUGGGAAGCCGAAUGGAAGAAGACCAUGAGCAAGCAGGGAGGACAGAUGAGCGAAGCCGACCAGCAGGAAUAUCACAAGUUGAGGGAAGAGGUUAGCAAGCGCUCAUCUGCAGACCAACUCAAUCUCGACAAUCUUCGCCGGCAACGAAAGACCGAGGCAGAGGCCGUGAACAGUCUCAAGGGCAAGUUCGAAAGCACCGAAUGGCAAUUGAAGAAUCUUGAAUCAGAAGCCUCGACCAUGAACGAGCGCAAGUCAACUCUCAACGAUACCAUCAAGACCACGUCGAAGGAGAUCGACCGCAAGAAGAAAGAUCUGAAUGCUUUGACGUCGGAGCGCCUGAAAAUUUCUCAGAUGCGCACCGAGCUCGAAGAGAAACUUCAGGUUGUGUUGAAGAAGCUGCUUGAAGCCGACGAUGGCAAAAAGCAGAAUGAGCGGGAAAUCCGGGCCAAGGAGCUUGUCUCAACCUUGAAGCGUAUCUUCCCUGGCGUUAAGGGUCGUGUCAGCGACCUUUGCCGACCGAAGCAGAGGAAGUAUGCCGAUGCAGUCAGCACCGUUCUAGGCCGCCACUUUGACGCCAUCGUCGUGGACAACGAAAAGACUGCUAAGGAGUGCAUUCAGCAUCUGCGUGACCAGCGUGCCGGCCAAGCCACUUUCAUACCUUUGGAGACGAUUCAAGUCAAGGCGUUUAACUCGAACCUCAAGGGUAUGCACCGGGGUAUGCGGCCUGCUAUCGAGACCAUCGAUUACGAUGAUUCGGUUGCACGAGCUAUCAGCUAUGCCUGCGGUAACUCUAUUGUCUGUGAUGAUCUCGCAACGGCCAAAUACCUGUGCUACGAGCGGAAUGUCGAUGCCAAGGCAGUGACCCUGGAUGGCACCGUGAUUCACAAGGGCGGUCUCAUGACCGGUGGACGAGGCCCUCAGCAGAAUUCUUCCAAGCGCUGGGAGGACUCUGAAGUGGAGAAUCUCUACAAGCUCAAAGACAAACUGAUGGCUGACCUUGCGAACCUUCCGAAGAGUCACCGACGAGGCUCCGAGGAAGAGACUCUCCAAGGCGAGCUAGUUGGCCUCGAACAGCGGCUGAACUAUGCCAAGGAGGAGUUGAAGGCUCUCGAGAGAAAUAUUCAGAGCAAGCGCAGCGAGCUCGACUUUGUGAAACGUCAGCACGAAGACCUGCGACCCAAGUACACUGAGCGGAAGGAAAAUCUCGACGAGUUGGAUGAGACUGUUGAGAAUACACAAGCCACCGUCAGCACGGUCGAAGACGAGAUCUAUCGCAAGUUCUGCAAGCGUUUGGGAUACGAUAAUAUCCGUGAAUACGAAGCCCAGCAGGGCUCCUUGCAAGAGGAGGCCUCUCAAAAGAAGCUCGAGUUCACAACGCAGAAGAGCCGCAUCGAAAACCAGCUGAGCUUUGAAAAGCAGCGAAUUCAAGCUACAGAUGACCGGAUCAGUGGCCUCAAGGCUCAGUAUGAGCGUGAUAUGAGCCUGAUCGAGGAGCUCAAGAGCGAGCAAGAGGAGAUUCGCAACAACCUGGAUGAGUCAAAUGCUGAGCUCGAGCUGUUGCGCGAGAAUCUCGAGCAGCAGAAGGAGAUCUAUGCGCAGUCGGCAGAGAAUCUGGCUGAGCAGCGGAGGGAGCUUCAGAAGCGCAGCAAGCACGUUGAGGGGGCUCUCAAGAACAUCAAUGCGCUUGAAGCCGAAAUCCAGCGAAACUCAUCAAGCCGAUAUGCUCUUCUGCGACGUUGCAAGCUCGAGGACAUUGACAUUCCACUUACCGACUCGUCAAAUAGCCUUGAUAAGCUUCCUAUCGAUGACCUGGUGCAGGCCGCCGACCCGGAUGCUAUGGAUGUAGAUGAGGCGGACGAAAUGGACGAGACUCCUGUUGUGCAAGACUACGGAAUUGAAGUUGAUUUCGAUUCUCUGGGCGAAUCGCUCAAAGAGGGUACGGAUGAAAAGCUGGAGGACGAGCUGCUUGAGAAGGUUCGCACUCUCAAUAGCGAACUAGACAAGAUGGCCCCGAACACAAGAGCCAUGGAACGCCUAGAGAGUGUCGAGAACAAGCUUCGGAGCACCGAGAAGGACUUCGAGGAUGCACGCAAGUAUGCUCGAAAGGCCAAGGAUGAUUUCGAGGCUGUCAUGAAGAGGCGAUCCGAUCUCUUCAACAAGGCCUUCACGCACAUCUCAGAGCAGAUUGGCCCUAUUUACCGCGAGCUGACCAAGAGUCAAAACUACCCCCUUGGUGGACAAGCAUAUUUGGAUAUCGAGGAUUCCGACGAGCCGUAUCUCGAUGGCAUCAAGUAUCACGCCAUGCCACCACUCAAGCGUUUCCGAGAUAUGGAGCACUUGUCAGGUGGAGAGAAGACAAUGGCUGCACUUGCUCUACUGUUUGCCAUUCACUCCUACCAACCUUCUCCAUUCUUCGUGCUGGACGAGGUUGACGCUGCACUCGACAACACCAACGUGGCUCGCAUUGCCAGCUACAUUCACGACCACGCUGCCCCCGGCAUGCAGUUCAUUGUCAUCAGUUUGAAGACUGGACUGUUCCAAAACAGUGAAGCCCUGGUUGGUAUCUACCGAGACCAGGUGGAGAACAGCAGCAAGUCUUUGACCCUUGAUCUCCGCAAGUAUACCUAA